UGUAGUCGCAAGUUGGCUACACAAUUCCCUUAUAGUCGUCAACUUUACGUGCCAAAUCAGGUCGUUGUUGUCUGUUGGCCGUUGUUCAGUAGCGCGACAUUUUCCGUCGCCCCAUCAGCUUUUUCUUUCUUUUCUGUGCACGUUACCAUGCAACCUUAUUGUCUGGACAAGGAUACUGAAGUCAACAAGGAUCUACUUUCAAUGGACCAUAUAAGGGUGUGCUGGAUAGGCAAGCCUCAGAUAAUCCCUGGUGGAUGACAAUGGAGGCUGGUCAACCAGACCCAUCAGUUUUUUUCAAAACGCUUGCUUCAAAUAUCAAAAGCAACUUAUUAGACGUUGAUUGUGCAUGGCCAUAUGGUUCCCCAUUCCCUCCAAAUAUCUUGAAGGACUACAUGGGGAUAAUUCGUGACACAUUGGUCCUGUUCUUAGCUUAUCACCACCAACUGGGUCUCGCCGCCCGAACGGGUCAACACGAAUUUGCUCAGACUUACGAUCAAUUCGCUGUCCAGUAUCCGACUCUAAAUUAUGCUUUGACGAAGGACAUGAACUUUAGGAAUUUGGCGCGUCAAAUUUUACGAAUUUGCACCGAAUUCGUCAGGCCGCUUUCCAAACCCAUCGCUCAUCUUCAACUCGCUCAUUAUCCUCAACUUCUGGGUGUUUAUCGCGUCCGUUUCUUCGAUACCAUUGAUAAUUGGGUUCGACGGUUCUCACAAGGCUCCCCACCUCGACUAUACAGCACGCCCGUGACUGUAUAUAUGAACACCCCAGUGCUGCCUAAUCUUUCCAACCCUUUACCUAUCCCUCCGAGUCACCACAUAUUCCCCGAAGGAAGGCUUGAGUCGCUGUGGAGAAGGCCAUUAUCAACACCGUCUGGUGCCACGCCUCAACCGCAACCACCCGUCCUUCCAUUCUUUGGUACGGAGGGUGGCUCCCAAUCUUCUCGUAUCUAUGAAAUACCGGCAAUGCGAUCAUCUCCCAAUCCGCACCUCGAGGUCACCCGCGGACAAACAUGGAAUUCGAAUUCACCUCGAGAUAACCCGCCUGAGGCGGCUGGCAUAACGAUACCACCAAGAGCUGGACCAGUCUCUACAACCCCACCACCCCUCGAAAUGGAUCCACGAACAGUUCAAAGGCUAAUCUCAUUAUACGACGAUCUCAUGCGUGCUGUAGAACUCGUGGAGCAGGAGGGAUCAACGUUCGAGUUUGCCCAAGUUGCAGAAGCUUUUUCUGACGCACUAUACUCCAUAUUCGGUCCUAUUCAAGAUAGACUGUCUGGAGAAAUUCGGUUUUGGUAUGAUGAAUUCAGGAUGCGAGACCAGCAUGCGAGAAUGGCUCCGGUAGAACUGGGAACUGUUGCACGCUAUGACCCGGCGGUAGACUUCUAUAAUCGCCUCAGAUCUUUAUCUAUACUACCGGAAGACGAUAUUCCGUCAUCGCCAAAUCAAGAACCCAGUUUUCUAACAAUACGAGAUCCUGUUCCCAUCGUUAACGCUCAAAUUGAUGGCGACACCCCACCCCAAGGACCGUCGACAUUUUUGCGUUCUACCACUACAUCCCCGUAUGGGCAUCAUGGGCGUGGUGUUGGUCCCUCCCACACAUCGGUUAGUCCUCCAAAUGCCGCAAAUAUUAGCGGUAUGGCUACGCCCCACUUCGGCAAUACUGUUGUGGGUGCUGAUGGGCAGGAACGCGAACACGCUCAAGAUACCCGUCGAGCAGCGACGCCUUUGCCCCAAAGAGAUAAUGACCCACGAGUACGUGGUAUACCCUCCACUGGCACUGGCACUGGGACCCCUCGUCGUCGGAUCCUCCGACAUACCACUCCCUCUUCCGUGCUUCAUGAUGUUGAUACGACUAUGACCAGUGGCACGCGUGGAGGAAGCAUAUCUGUUUUUCAACCAGCGCCCACACCCGCGCUUACUCCGCCUGGCGGAGUUUCAGUCGAGGUUGUUCAAUACGACGCCACUCUCUCUUUCCGACGACGUGUCGCCCCUGCUCCCGCGGAGGCUGGUAAUAGUAAUGGUCACAAUACUGGGAUCUCGAGUGUUCCUGGCGAAAGUCCUUUUGAUGUCAACCAUUCGAGCGGUGGUGGUGGCAUGGGAACCGGUGCGGUGAAUCUCGAUAGGGAUAUUCGUAACCCUGCAGCACAUGGUGGCGAGCCCGACAUUCACAUUCGAGUCAGACGAAAUCCGCUCACCCGGUAUUCUAACGUCAGCUGUGGGCGAGGGAGAAACCGUUGUUGUGGUCGUCGAGGUGGGGGCGGCGGCUAUUGUUCUUGCCAUUGCAACGAUGACGGCACCUCGAACGAAGAUGAAUCAGAUCCCCUUUCCCGACCUUACGUCCAUCGCGAACAUCAACCUGACCUGUUCCCCCCCGUUGUUGACUGUCUCCCUGACACGAUCUUUCCCACAAGCUCACCCGACCCUUCAACGUCACUCCCAUUUCCAGCAAAGAUCCACCCUAGUCUUCUUCAUAACCCGAUGGGUUACCUGAACCCUGUAGGCUUGCGAUGGAACAUUACGCAAUCACCCGAGUCGGCCUCGUUCCGCACCAAAUUCGGUAUGGUCAUACCUAUCGGAUUGAGCGAGGACGCGCUACUCGUGGAUGAAGGGAGGAACGUCAACGUCUUCAGGGGUACAUCCGAACACAAAAUCUGGGUCGAAGCCGAUUCACAGUACGCUGCCAACUCUGUCUUGCAGUGGUGGAUGAUGGAUCAGCGAUGGGGGCCCAUCAAGAUUGAGAAACAGACCACGAUCACUCUUCGUGAUGUCUUGUUGGCCAUACAGGAUUAUUUUGCUACCCCGUUGACGUUGGCGGAUUAUCAGACUGUCGUUGGGUCUCCGACGAAUACGGAAUAUAGUAAUUUAGAUAGGUUGGUUGCGGCGAGGAGGGAACGAGGGAGGAGGAAUGAUCUUAUGGAGGUGGUAAUGGCGGAGGAUGUUAGAUAUUUUGGGAAUUUUAGGAGGAGUGACGUCUUAGGGACAUAUUCGACAUUCCAUGGGAUGAGAACGGAGGUGCGAAGGGAUGGGACUUGGGUGAUGGUGAUGAGCUUGGGCCCCGAGGUACAGCGCUACUAUUGAAGACGGUCCCCUUAAAAUUAUCUUUUAUUUAUUUCAUAUGGUACCUUAUGAUUUUCACGAGAUUGCUUGUAUUCACUGCUAAUGUUAUCGUAUAUAUCAUUCAAAA